AGCGAACCGCACUUGUGCCCUUUGAUACCAGUCCACAAACGCUCACUCCACAAAAAACAACAGACAUGGCUGAUACCGAAUAUGACGCCGUCGAGGCCGCUGAGAAGAAGAAGGCCAGAACCUUCCGCAAAUUUUCCUACCGCGGAGUCGACCUCGACCAGCUCCUCGAUCUUUCCUCCGAAGAGCUCCGGGACCUCGUUCACGCCCGUGCUCGUAGAAGGUUCAACCGUGGACUUAAACGCAAGCCAAUGGGCUUGAUCAAGAAGCUCCGCAAGGCCAAGAAGGAGGCCAAACCGAACGAGAAGCCCGACCUUGUCAAGACUCAUCUUCGUGAUAUGAUCAUCGUCCCCGAAAUGAUCGGAUCGGUCAUUGGUAUCUACUCUGGAAAGGAUUUCAACCAGGUUGAAAUUAAGCCGGAAAUGGUUGGACACUACUUGGGGGAAUUCUCUAUCACCUACAAGCCUGUCAAGCACGGUCGCCCGGGUAUCGGUGCAACACACUCCUCAAGGUUUAUCCCGCUUAAGUAAACGAUUUCUUUCUUUCUUUGCGUUGGGAAAUGGUGGGGACCGGAUGGCGUCAUGACAGGGAAAUUUUCUGUGUUGUGUGUAUAUGAAAUAAAAAAAUUUAUUGGGCUACCAAAAGGUUUAAUAGACAUGGGAGGUCCUCACACAACAAGGUCUGUUGCGGAAAUACGAUGUUUUUCAUUCAUCCUGCUUAACAGCUUUUUUCCCUUGAAAUCCAAAUUUCCGGUUCCGGUUCUGGGCUCUUGUAUCGGUUCUGUGGCAUCCGGCCGAGGGAAUCAACAGGGGCAGGUGGUGUGAAAUAAUUAUUUAUACCUUAUAAUAUUAUUUCAUCACUAGGA